UCCCUGGUCAGUCAGGGAACUAAGAUCCCACAGGCCGUGUGGCACAGCCAAAAAAAAUUAAAAUUUAAAUACUUAAAAAAUAAAUACUUAAAAAUUUAAAAAUACAUAUAUAGUGAGAACCCGUGGGAGUAAUGUAAGUAGGGCAGGUGUCCCCAACCCCCAGGCCGAAGACUGGUACCCAUCUGUGGAAAAAUUGUCUUCCACGAAACGAGUCCCUGGUGCCAAAAAGGUUGGGGACCACUGAAGUAGGGGACUUGCUAGCUGUCAAGGGCUCUACAAUCCUUUCUCUGAGUCCAUGUGAUUCCUUUGGACGAAGGAGCUGGGGAGUGAGGGAGGAUGUGGCCUUGUGGAGGAAGGGCAGGGUGCAGAGAUGGCAGCAGGGCCAGGGGCGGUGAUGGGGCUGGCGUCAGACAGGUUGGGGCUGCCCACUUCCUUCCCUGGGUGGGGAUGGAAGGUCAGAGGGAGGCUCCUGGCACCUGGGGUGCAGGAAUCUCUGGCAUGUGGCCCUGAGCCCUUGUUUCCAGAGAUCAGCCCUCCUCCCCAGGGCUGGGAGGCUGGGUGGGACCCAAAUUCAGACAUGGGCCUCUGGGGUGACCUGGCCUGCAUCUUGGGGGUCCAAUGACCUCUCUCGCUCAGCUCCAGCGGCCCUGCUCCUGCCCUCCUAACUGGCCCUGGCCUGCCCCACACCGGAGCCCUGCCCAGCUCCCUCCCCGUGGUGGGCUGGGCUGGGAGGAGGAGUGAGGGUGAACUUACAUUUUCAGGUCUUUCAAGCCCUCGGCCAGGGGGCAGCCUGACUAACCAGCUCCUCCAGGCCCGCGGUGUUGGGGGAGGGGGUGAGGCCGAGCCCCAGGCUGUGGAUGCGUGGGUGCUCUGCAGGCCAUCAUGGGGCUCCCCUGGAGGCAGCUGCGCCCUUGUCUGCUGCUCCUCGUGGUGCUGGUGUGGCCCCAGCCCUGCACGAGCCUGGGUGAGUGGGGGUCCGGGAUGGGUGCCCCUGGCCAGAUCCAAGGGGCUGGGGCACCUGCCGGGACCCUGGGAGCCCGCCCCCUCCGAUUGGGAGAGGCAGCCCCAGGGGCAGUGGGCCGGGCCCUCACCCCUAUCUCCACGGCCGCAGAGCUCAUCCCCUACACGCCGCGGAUAACAGCCUGGGACCUGGAAGGGAAGGUCACGGCCACCACGUUUUCCCUGGAGCAGCCGCGCUGUGUCCUGGAAGGGCACGCCAGUGCUGCCAGCACCGUCUGGCUGGUGGUGGCCUUCAGCAACGCCUCCAGGGACUUCCAGAGUCCCCAGACACUGGCUGAGAUCCCAGCCUCCCCGAGGCUGCCGACGGAUGGCCACUACAUGACGCUGCCCCUGACCCUGGAUCAGCUGCCCUGUGAGGACCCAGUGGGGGGCAGGGGGGCCGCCCCGGUGCUUAGGGUGGGCAAUGACGCCGGCUGCCUUGCUGACCUCCAGCAGCCACCCUACUGCAACGCCCCCCUCCCCGGCCCUGGACCUUACAGGGUGAAGUUCCUCCUGAUGGACUCCAAGGGCUCACCCCAGGCCCAGACGAGGUGGUCCGACCCCAUCACUCUCCGCCAAGGGAAGUCCCCAGGCUCCAUUGACACGUGGCCAGGCCGGCGAAGUGGCGACAUGAUUGUCAUUACCUCCAUUCUCUCUUCUCUGGCCGGUCUCCUGCUCCUGGCCUUCCUGGCAGCCUCCAGCGUGCGCUUCUCCAGCCUGUGGUGGCCGGAGGAGGCCCCAGAGCAGCUGCGAACCGGCUCCUUCAUGGGGACGCGUUACAUGACCCACCACAUCCCACCCAGCGAGGCUGCCACGCUGCCCGUGGGCUGCGAGCCUGGCCUGGAACCCCUCCCCAGCCUCAGCCCCUAGCCUGGCCCGUACAGCUGGGGCUGGGGCAGUGGGGGACCUGCACCUACGUGCCCCUCCCCCAUCGCACCUCCCCACCCUGCCUGAAAUCCAUCCCACCACUAGCAGCCCUGCCUUGGGCUUUCCCAGUUCCCCCGCUCCA